CCCAAGUCCCAGCCUAAUAUAACAGACGCGGAAGGAAGAGAGAUAAAAAUACUGCGACGUGAGUUCCAGGAUCCUUCUCUCCCACCUUCGGCUUCUGGUUCUCUGGAGCUUCUCUCUAAAUAUUUGGAAUUACCAUUGACGAAGACUCCGAGGAGCUCCGGAAUUGACCAUUCUGUUUGGCGCCAUGAACAUAUUCACCAAGAAACCCACGGCUAAAGAGGCUCUUAGGGAGAGUAAGCGAGAAAUGGCACACGCUACUAGAGGCAUCGAGAAGGAAAUUGGAGCAUUGCAAUUGGAAGAAAAAAAGCUUCUUGCUGAAAUAAAGAGAACUGCCAAGACUGGAAACGAGGCAGCAACUAAAGUUCUAGCUCGCCAAUUGGUUAGGCUUAGGCAACAAAUUGCUAAUCUUCAAGGUAGUCGAGCUCAGAUGAGAGGCAUAGCAACUCACACACAGGCGAUGCAUGCCCAGUCUUCUGUUGCUGUUGGCAUGAAAGGUGCUAAUAAGGCAAUGGCAGCCAUGAACAAGCAAAUGGAACCUGCAAAGCAAGCAAAAGUUAUGCGGGACUUCCAGAAACAAUCGGCACAGAUGGAUAUGACUACUGAAAUGAUGUCAGAUGCCAUAGAUGAUGCAUUGGAUGAUGAUGAAGCUGAAGAGGAGACUGAAGACCUGACAAAUCAGGUGCUUGAUGAAAUUGGCGUGGAUGUGGCCUCGCAGUUGUCAGCGGCUCCUAAAGGAAGAAUUGCAACGAAGAGUGCUGAAAAUGCUAGCAGCUCGGGCGUUGAUGAUCUAGAGAAACGUUUGGCAGCUCUAAGAAACCCAUAAUUUUCCGUCUUCAGUUCACUUGGUUUUCAAACGCAAUGUUGUCUGCAAGAAUCCUUGGACUUGAUUUGUCCUUUGGGAUUUGAUGAGUUCAGUGUAUAUUCCACCUGAAAUUACUCUUUUUCAUUAAGGAAUCUGUUCUUCUGAAUGAAAUUAUUGUAAAGUAGUAGAUGGAUGUUAGUGCGAUAGGCGAUUGAAAGAGUAGCUCUACUUGCCAAAACUAACCAGCUGAUGAAUUUUGUGAAGGCAAGUGGAGACUCGAUUGUUUUACGGCUGGCUAAAUAAAUAGCGCUUCUCGUUUGUAUCUACUAAACAAAAUGAAAUUGUAGAAUAAUGUUCUAGUAUGUAAAUUUGUGCCUCGGUAAUUGGUAAUGACUCUCAAUGCUGUA